AUGAACUCGAUACGCGGGGGCAUGCAAGUGCAUGCAGUGCCCGAGAGUGAGAGAGCUGUCGAUGCAUCUGGUAAACGUCUACCAUGGGGCUACGAGUUUGCCGAUGCAGAGAUAGGCCGCAGACGAGAACCCGAGGAAAAAGGACCAUUCGGACGCUCGGUACGCCGCCGUGGCUUCUCGCGCAGCAAAACAGCAACACCAGCUCGCAAAGAGGAUGUCGUGCGACAGGAAAACAUGCAGACCGAAGACUUCAUCUUUACUAAGUACAAGGAUGAACUCAAAGCGAAAGAUCCAGUCCAGCCCAUACAGAAGCCCUCCGACGCAGCUGCAUCACAAGCAGUCGAUGCUGCAUCGCCAAAGGAAGCAACAGAGGUCAUCUUGUAUGGCUUUGGCCCAGAGUCGCAAUGGGCCGCCAUCGAAUACUACGAGCGCAUCUCCAACGGCAUCGUCUACGAAGACUACGAUCGCCAUCCUCCCCAUCAACGCUACGAUCACAGCAUGACGCACAGCCGCGCAAAGCUAGCACAGCGCUCGCUCUCGCAGCACGCGCUUCGCAAACGCAACGCCUACCGCGGAGGAGACCACUGGAUCAAAGUCACCUUCGACAGCCCCGAAGCCGCCGACCUCGCCUGCCACUGCUCUCCACACCCCAUCCACGGUUUCCUCGUCUACGCUGAGCCCUUCAGAGGCAGCGGUCCACCCAGAGACGCACCUAUCCCCUACUCAAAUGCUGGAGCUCAAAUCGAUGGCCCUGCUCUGCCAUCAACCUUCAGCACCAGGGACACACCCACCGACUCCUCCAACACAAUCUCUUCAGCAACCAUAACCGCCCAACCCCAAUCCUCAUCAACCCUCGCCACCACCUCCUCCUCAACCACAAGCUCACUCGCCCCUACAACCCCCGUCCAAAAACGACCCAUGCGCAUCCCCGGCGCCACCCGCGCGAUCCUCAAACCCGCCGACUUGGCCUUUGCCGAGCCUUCAAAAUCCGUGUCUUCAUCACUGGCUUCAUGGCCGUUGAUCAAUUUGUUCGUCGGUACAAAGGGCGAUGUGAUAGGUUCCGCCGUCCCUCGCACCGACAACGGAGACUUUGACUGGAAGAAUGCAAGUCUCUACUGGCUUAUCUUUGCGUGGUUGGAUUACUGGUUGGGUACUGAUAUGUGUGGGUUGAGAGGGGACGAUUAG